AUGGCCAAUUUUUCGCUAAAUGAGACACAGCUGCAAAUUGUUCAAGAUGCAGCUGCAUUCGCUCGAAAAGAACUCAGUCCAGCAAGAGACAGAUACAAAGAUCUAGCUACGCAAAGUGAACGAUUUUUAGCAACAAAACCGUUCUUCGAGGCCAGUGUUCAGGCUGGCUAUCUCAAAGCCUUCAUUCCAGCUCCAUAUGGGGGUACUGGCGGAUCCUUCCUUGACAUGUCUUUGAUCGUCGAAGAAUUCUAUACCGUUGACUCUAGUGUGAACAUGGCCCUGGUCGGUACUGCCUUGGGAUUAAUGCCAUUGAUUCUUGGUGGCACGGAUGAGCAGAAGAAACGCUUUUUAAAACCUUUUAUUAGCGGCAGCGGAGAUCACAUUGCAAGUCUUGCUCAUUCGGAACCUGGUGGCACCGCCAACUAUCUGGAAAAAGGAGGGCAAGGUUUCGGUACUACUGCAAAAAAAGAAGGUGACUACUAUAUUGUGAACGGCGAAAAGUUGUGGACAACCAACAGCGCUGGGUGGGAUGGCAAAGGCGCUGAGCUCACUUGUCUUUGCGUCCGCUACUCUGAUGAUGGUGGGCCUGAAAAGGCUGACAUUAACCCCAGGGAGAACAUCAUGAUUCUUCUAGUUACACGGGACAUAAUAGCUGCAAACGAUCCUGAGGCUUAUACUAUCCUUGGCGAGCCUGAGCUAAUGGGCCAUACUGGUUCCAGUGGUCCGCACACAAGAUAUACCAACUUCCGGGUUCCAGCAGAUCAUUUACUUUGCGCAAAGGGUGAUGCGACAGUUUCUAUUAUUGAAAUGGCAUUCAGCUUCACUGCAGCACUCGUUGGAGCCAUGGCCUGUGGUAUCAUGCGCACCGCUUUCGAAGCAGCCCUCAAGUUCGCCAAAGAGGAUAACCGAGGCGGCAGUGUUCCCAUCAUCCAAAGGCAGAGUGUGGCAGAUCUUCUCAUCAACUGCAAGAUCAAGGCCGACACGUCACGACUGCUCGUGCGUAACGCUCUAGACGCAUUCGAUAAAGGAAGAGGCGAUGCCACUAGCAGACUGGAAGCGUGUCUGCAAGCAAAGAUAUACAGUGGAGAGGCAGCAGUGCAAGCUGUAUGGGAGGUUAUGCAAGCUGUGGGAAUGAGAUCUUAUCUUGACGAGACGGGAUUUGGGCGCCUACUCAAAGAUGCUACUGUGUUGUCUUUGUUUGAUGGAGGCAAUGUGGGCGUGAGGAGGAGACAGUAUGAAAAGCUCCUGCAAUCUUCUGAUUACUCGUGCUGGAACGCUAGCUUUUGA